GCAUUGCACCGACGACUGUGCACUUUAUUAUUAACAUGCAUAAAAAAUUAUUGAAUAUAAACAUGUGCAUUUCACACUGUGACCGAAGAAAACAAAAUUAAACAAAAUAAAAAUAAAUUAACGAAUUCAAACCCUUAUAAACAUGCGGUUGCUGGAAGCUAGUUUUUGCUUAGUCCGAGUUCAUUGAGUUCACGUUUGAGAUGGGAAUACCCAUGUCGCUCUUCACACAUCCUACAUUCUUUGUUUUCUUAGCAAUGAUUCUCUAUGUUUUGCACGUCUUUCUUUCGAGAUUCCGGCGAGUCUAUGAGUUUUCGUGCCAAGGUCCGGCGAGCUAUCCCGUCAUCGGGUGCUUCAUUUCCUUCUACAACAACCGCAGCCGCCUCUUGGAUUGGUACACCGACCUCCUUGCAGAAUCAACCACCAACACCAUUGUCGUCCACCGCCUCGGCGCACGGCGGACAGUAGUCACGGCCAACCCGGAUAAUGUGGAGUACAUGCUCAAGACCAACUUCAACAACUUUCCAAAAGGAAAACCCUUCACUGAAAUUCUUGGGGAUUUUUUGGGAUAUGGUAUAUUCAAUGUGGACGGCGAGCUUUGGCGCACCCAGCGCAAGUUAGCAAGUCAUGAGUUCAGCACCAAGUCUCUGCGUGAAUACAUGGUGAAAACGUUGGAGGAAGAAGUGGAAAAGGGUCUACUGCCGCUGAUGGAGUCGCUGGCGACGGCGGCCCAAGUGGUGGACUUGCAGGAGUUGCUAAGGAGAUUUGCUUUCAAUGUGAUUUGUAAGGUGUUUUUGGGUGGUGAGCGGUGCUGCUUGGAUCCCUCUGUGGCCAAUCCGCCGCUCGCAGGGGCUUUUGACACGGCGUCGGAGAUUUGCGCAAGGCGCGGAGCAGCUCCCGUGUCCAUAAUUUGGAAGAUAAAGAGGUGGCUUGGAGUUGGUUCGGAGCAAAAACUAAGAGUCGCGAUUGAAGAAGUUCAUGCCUACUUUAAGGACAUAAUCGAGAGGAGGAAGAAGGAGAUUGAAGAAGCUGAGAGGGAUAGCGGAGCUCACGAAGACCUUCUAACUCGGCUAAUAACGGCGGGGCACGAGGAGGAGGUGACGAGGGACAUGGUGAUAAGCUUUAUCAUGGCGGGGAGGGACACAACUUCAGCGGCAAUGACAUGGCUCUUCUGGUUGCUUUCCCGCCAACCGGGUGUGGAGGAAGAUGUGGUGAAAGAGAUCGAAUCCGCCGGAGAAAAGAUGUCGGAUUUCGAGUCGUUGGAGUUGAGCUUGUUGAAGGCAUGCCUUUACGAGACCAUGAGGCUUUAUCCACCGGUUGCUUGGGACUCGAAGCAUGCCGUAGUUGAUGACUUGUUGCCCGACGGGACCCGAGUCCAGGCCGGCGACAGAGUGACCUAUUUUCCCUACGGGAUGGGAAGAAUGGAAGCGCUGUGGGGGAAGGACCGGUUGGAAUUCAAGCCGGACCGGUGGUUUCUUGAACCGGACAAGGAGAGAUCAGCUCUGAAAAAAGUAUGUCCUUACAAAUUGCCUAUUUUCCAGGCAGGUCCGAGGGUUUGUCUGGGGAAGGAUAUGGCUUUUAUUCAGAUGAAAUAUGUGGUGGCUUCGAUUCUCAGACGGUUUGAGAUCAAGCCGGUUGGUUCCGGCGAGCCGGUUUUCGUGCCGCGACUGACGGCUCACAUGGCCGGCGGGUUGAAAGUUCUAAUCCGCAAGAGAGGGGACCGACAAUAUUAAAAUUAGGAGUCAAUGGUUCUGAGUAUUUAAGAUUUAUUGGACCGCGUAACAUGCGGUUAUGCCUCAAAUGUAACACAAGGAUGUUGUUUAUUUUUUGUCAAAAGGAUGUUGUUUAUUUA